AUGAGAGCAGAUUUGAUUGCUAAGUUGGACACCACCAGCUGGGGAGGUGAAGUGAGGUAUGCCAUCAAGUCUGGAAAGGCUGCUUCUCACUCUUCAUCCCACUUAUCUCUUUGUCCUUUCUUCAAGGCUUUGAAGAAUAGUCUGCACUUGUUGGUAGAUCGGGAAAUAAAUCGGUUCAAAGUGGAUGCUCUACUCGUCAGACUUAGUAUUUCUUUCGUUAUGGCAAGUGACUUCAUGUUGAUGAUGACCUUGAUCUGGGUUAGGGUGAGCGUUGAUGCCCCUUUAAGUAAGUAA